UAUAGGAGAAUAUCAGUCCAUAUUGACAUUGACAAAUUCAAACUCAGACCUUCUGUCCUUGACUUUCAACGCUCUCCCUGAUUUAUCAGUGAACAUGAGCUUGAUGUUUACAUUUGCUCCGUUCGAAUUCUUUCCAGGAUCUCCAAUAGCAACUACAAUAAAUUUGUUGGAUACUGGAGACUUGACACUUGGAUCAAUCGCCCAGCUUUAUCAGUGUGAAUCCUCCCAGAGAAUAGCAUUAAUUGGAGUGCUGGAAGGCACCAUUUAUACUUUGUACAUGGAUAUGUCUAACGUACAGAUUCAGGCUUUAAAUAUAACAAAUGGAAAACUCAGCACUGACGUGUUUGUGUGUAGUGCUGAUCAGAUGACAUCUGUAGCACAAGAUACAACAGUGACAUCUGAACCCACUACAGCCACAACAGAACCACCAGCAAUUACUGAAACAACAGUGGGUCCAUCUAAUGGAACAACAGAGAAAACAACAGGACGCUUCCAGCUAAAAGUGACGUAUAUGACAAAGGAUAAUAAAACUGCUACUACAACAAUGGAUGUUCCAGUGAGCAGUGAUGUCACCGUCACAGGAACAUGUGCCAGUGGAAAUGAAAACUUUUCUGGUCUCACUAUCACACCAAAAGAUGCAGGAAUUCAAUCCUUGAUUUUUAAUUUUGAAAUAAUGAACGGAAAAUCUAGCCUUAUAUCUUGGUUUGCUAAUGUAAAUAUCUCGGAUGCCAUGGAACCUGAUUUCAACCACUCAGUGACUGAUAAAGUGAAUUUGUCAAGUCCUAAGUUAUAUUACAAGUGUGAAAAUGAGGGAAACUUUUCGGACAGUACCCUGGCCUUCAUGUACAUGGAGUUAAAAGUGCAAGCUUUUAAUGUUGAGGACGGAAAAUUUUCGGAAAAUGGAGUGUAUUGUGAGGCAGAUUUUGAACCCAUUCCAGCUUCAGGUUUUUCUCCUGUUAAUAUAUAUUCUGUAUUGAAUGGAAAUAAUAUCUGCGUUAUAUUAAAGGGAAGCAUCCAUCUAAAUAUUCCUUACAUUUCAAAAACUGGGAUAACCACAGAAGUGGUUUCCCUGCCAGCAGUGUACAAUGUGUCUGGUGAAUGCAACACAACUAUGAAUGGACUCUUCUCUCAGCAAAUGGUCAUUCGCUUUUACGACGCCUGGACCUUGACUAUUUACUUCUCAAUUGACAAGAAUCAAGAGACAGAUCUAUUAACAGCUGGGAUUGCUGUUGAUAACUACUACUACAUUUCACAAAUAGAGCUGAACUAUGACUACAACAACAUCCUUUUUAAGAAUGCAGUCGAUAGCAGUAAGUUUCGAAGACGUUUGUUAAGAAUUUAUAUUGGCAUUCUUAAAAAAAUGACUAGUGCAUGGACAAAGAGUUAUCUCUACAUAGAAUUUUGA